UGUUAUCCGCAGCUCUUGUGUGGCUUUUGGCAUAGGAGGAGCUCAUGGAAGAAUUUACACCUCUCAGAUGACAGCGAGCCACUGACGUCAGCGAAGAUACAAUAAAGCGGCUGUACAGGCACGUUCAUGUCUGUGUGUGUGUGUGAAGUUUGGAGAAUCUAGGCCCUAGCGGUAAAGGAAGGUCCAACGUUGAGGCAAUCAAAUUAAAGAGUCUCUAAACGUCUUAAGAUCAAUAAUAAGCAACAACAUGGAGGUCAGCGCUGAGGCCAAGAGGAUUAUGGUCCACGCUCUAGGCAAACUAUACAGCUCGCGCGCCCAGCGCGGGGGACACCGUCUCCACCGGAGCUUGCUGCUCACGCUCGUAAUGCAGUCCGCCCGGGAUAUCUACCACGCAUCGCAGGCCAGUUGUGAAACCACGAAAGCAGCAGAGCCGAUCCAGCAAGAGUCGCCGAUGGCGGAAACAACUGGAGAUCGUUUGGAGAGGGAGGUUUCCUCGUCUCUGUCUGGACUACCCGCGACCCCCCAGCCCCAGGAGAUUGCAGUAUCCUCCGAGGACGAAACGAACUCACACCCGCUGCACUGCAGUGUAACAGCAGGUAGAGAAAACAAGGAGAACCGGGGCCCGUCGAGACCUGACCGUAACGCCAGGAAGAGACGGGGCAAGGCGGCCGCGGAGCCCGACUUCCUCCCCUGCAAGAAAGCGAAAAUGGAGCAAGGGAGAAAAACCGUCAUACCGAGCUCUGUGAACUGCUACCGUGUCGUUGGGGACUCCUUGGAUACACCGGUGCCCAUGUUAAGAGCCAUUGCAGCGUUUUGAAGGGACAAUGAAGAGUUUGCUUUGAUUUGGGUUCAUAAAUACAAUUUCGUGACCGAGCAGGAGGAAUGCGUCAUGGGCAAAACUAUCCGGGUAUGAGCCGGGUAGAGAGACAGGAGGCCGCAUAUGCGUUCAGACACUAUAGAACGCUGUGGUCUCUAAUGUUGGAAACGGGGCUGUCCCUGGAACUCAGUGGAGAUUUCUCCGAAAAUUGGAGCUUGUUUUGUGAAAGAGGUGACUGAUCGUUACGGUAAAAGAGUUCAUGCUCUCCCGCUGUGACUUUCCCUGCUGGCUGUGCGCCAAAAGAGGGAGAUGGAAGAACAUUGUUUGGUCUAAUACUUUCUAGGGCUGGGCCUGGUCGAAAAGGACUGAAUACUAUACACAGCACAAGCCUAAACCGACUGAAUAGUGCUGGUUACAAGGACUUUUAUAGCCUACACGUGCGCCAUGAUGCUGAAAAUACUAGACCAACCAUUUGCUAUUAAUCACUGCUGUGGGUCCGAGUAAUCCAAACUAUUUGCUAUUAAUCACUGCUGUGGGUCCGAGUAAUCCAAACUAUUUGCUAUUAAUCACUGUGGUGGGUCCGAGUAAUCCAAACUAUUUGCUAUUAAUCACUGCGGUGGGUCCGAGUAAUCCAAACUAUUUGCUAUUAAUCACUGCGGUGGGUCCGAGUAAUCCAAACUAUUUGCUAUUAAUCACUGCGGUGGGUCCGAGUAAUCCAAACUAUUUGCUAUUAAUCACUGCGGUGGGUCCGAGUAAUCCAAACAUUUGACCUAUUACAUAAAUUGAUCCAUUAAAUGUUCUGAAUGUUCUACCCGUAUGAUACAUUCACAUGUAUAUUUUGUUAAUUUGAAAUUGUACGUUAAUUGGAACUUUUGUGGAACUUUUCUUCCAUAAGAACCUAAAUGAAUUGUAUCGACACUGAUAACCAAAACUGUGAAACAAACCAUUCCAAUGACACUACCUCAGUUUGAUUUAUUAAAACGUUUUAUAAUGAACUUCAA